AUAAAUUUCAGGAGAAACUAAAAAAAUUAAAACAAAUUUGGGAGUAAUUAAUGAACUAGUAUAACUGUAUAAGCUUGCCUUUCUGCUCACAGUGUCUACAUCAACUACCUGUCUAGUGUCUAUCCAUUAGUCUUCCCUCCCCUUAUCAACUCUUCUUUCUCUCUAUGUUAACCGUUAAUUUUAUUUAUCAAUUGUUAUUCUCUUGCAUUUUUCUUACAAUUUCCCAAUCAAAUUCCGCCAUUAAAGCUGUAAAUGAAGAAACAAAGAACUAAAAUGGCGAAGACCUCUUAUCCUUCUUCAAAAACAAACUUUUUUGAUUUGCUAAGCGAAGAAAUCAUUUUUAUUAUUCUUGAUUAUCUCAAUUAUACCAAUCCACAAGACAGGAAAUCCUUUUCAUUGGUUUCUAAAUCAUUCUACUCUGUCGAAUCAAAGCAUCGCAGGACGCUCAAACCUCUUCGCUCUGAAUACUUACCUUCAAUUCUUAAUCGCUACUCCCAAAUUUCAACCGUAGAUUUAACACUUUGUCCUAGAAUCACCGAUUAUUCUCUCUCGAUUAUCGCGUCUACUUAUGCCAAUACGCUGCAUUUUGUUGAUUUGUCUCGGUCGAAGUUUUUUUCUGGUGAUGGAUUGGCGGUUUUGGUGGCGAAUUGUGUGAAUUUGAAGGGGUUGGAUUUGUCGAACUCAAUGAAUUUGAGAGAUUCGGCAGUUGCAGCGAUUGGGGAAGCUAAGAAUUUGGAGAAUUUGUGGUUAGGAAGGUGUAAAUUUGUUACUGAUAUUGGAAUUGGGUGUAUUGCUGUUGGUUGCCCCAAAUUAAAGUUAAUUAACUUGAAGUGGUGUUUAGGAAUUGGUGAUUUGGGGAUUGAAUUAGUUGCUGUUAAGUGUAAAGAGCUCCGUAGCUUGGAUCUUUCUUAUUUGCCGAUUACAAGUAAAUGUUUACCAGCCAUUUUGAAGUUACAAUAUCUGGAAGAGUUGUUUCUAGAAGGGUGCUUUGGGAUUGAUGAUGAUAGUCUCGCUGCACUAAAGCAAGGCUCCAAAUCACUUAAGACUCUUGACAUGUCAAGCUGUGAAAAUGUGAGUGAUACUGGCUUAUCUUCAUUAACAAGUGGCACUGGAUGUCUACAGCAAUUAACUCUAGCAUAUGGAUCUCCAGUCACUCUUGACCUUGCUCGUAGUUUGCAGAGGCUGUCUAAACUGCAAUCAAUUAAGCUAGAUGGCUGCCUAGUUACAUGUUCUGGUCUCCAAGCCAUUGGGAAUCAUUGUGCCUCAUUACGGGAGCUGAGCGUGAGCAAGUGCUCUGGUGUGACUGAUGAAGGCAUGUCCUCUUUAGUCAAGAAACAGAAGGAGCUCCGGAAGCUAGACAUUACUUGCUGCCGGCAGCUAACUUGUGUAUCUAUUGCACAUAUUGCCUACUCUUGCACCUCUCUUACCUCUCUCAAAAUGGAAUCAUGUACUCUAGUACCAAGAGAAGCUUUUGUUCUGCUUGGUCGGAAGUGCCAUCUACUUGAAGAGCUUGACUUUACUGAUAAUGAAAUAGAUGAUGAAGGUCUUAAAUCUAUCUCCAAGUGCUCGAGACUAUCUAUUCUUAAACUUGGUAUCUGCUUGAACAUUACAGAUGAGGGGCUGUGUCAUAUAGGCAACCGCUGUUCCAAACUUGUGGAACUUGAUUUAUACAGGUCCAUGGAGAUUACAGAUUUAGGCAUCACAGCUAUUGCUCAUGGUUGUCCUGGCCUAGAAAUGAUCAAUAUGUCAUACUGCAAAGCCGUCACGGAUGCUUCUUUGAUCUCUAUGUCAAAAUGUGUGAAGUUAAAUACAUUUGAAUGCCGAGGAUGUCCUCUAAUAACAUCUUUGGGCAUAGCAGCUGUUGCUGUUGGUUGUAAGCACCUCACGAAGUUGGAUAUAAAGAAGUGUGUCAAUAUCAAUGAUUUUGGAGUUCUUCCACUUGUUCACUUUUCUCAUAAUCUUAAAGAGAUAAAUUUGUCAUGUACUUCAAUCACGGAUGUUGGCCUCUUGUCCCUGGCUAGCAUAAGCUGUCUACAAAGCAUGAACAUUUUGCAUUUGAAAGGCUUGAACCCAAGAGGUCUAGCUGCAGCCCUACUGGCUUGUGGAGGGUUGACAAAAGUCAAACUUCAUUCAUCGUUCAAAUCUUUGCUUCCACAACCUCUCUUUGAACAUCUAGAUGCACGUGGCUGUGUCUUCCAAUGGAGAAAGAAAUUAUAUCAGGAUGAGUUAGAAGACUCCAAGUCUUGGAAAAUGCAGCUUGCAGAAACGAACAAUAAUUCCUGAAGACUUCUCUUUUUUGAAUAUGUUGACGAUGAUAUCAUAUUCCUUACACGUCGAUAGUCCCUAAGAAGUAAAAAGUGUAUGAUGUUUGCUCGAUUGCCUCAUGGUUGAAUUGGACAAUUGGUCAUUAUGUGGUGAUUCAUCGGAAAUUAUAUGUCGCAAAUUGACUACAAAUUAAGGAUACUAUGAGGUUAGGUGAAAUCGUCGACUGAGAUUGUGUUAUUUGUAGAUAUUCGAGUUUUUUUUUGUACGCUUGACACAAAAUUUGAAAUGUCUCUGAAUAUUUGACCAGUCCUGAGGACACUGUCGGCGUGAAGAGUGCCCGUGGUGGACAUUUGUGGCUGAAGAAGCUUCAGUUACCCUGCAAUAUAUUCUCUCAUUCUCUUUAACUUCUAUUCAAAGCACGACAAAGGAUCAAGUAGUCUGCGUUCAUGUACAUUUUUUACGAACCAGUCUUAACAUAUAGAUUAUGGGAACUAUAUUGUGUGUA